CACUCCCCUUGGGUCUUGCGGUAGGAGGUCUCUGCCAUCAGCCAGUAAUGACCCAAAUUCAAGGGCCUGAGGACUACGUCUGUUGCACCUUAGGCUGUGGCCACCAUCACUCAACACCUUUGACCUAGCUGCAGAGUUGGAGAAACAGGCUGGGGUACUCGAGGGCUGCAUCAUUAGUGCUGAGAGAAAGGUGACCUUCUGCCUUACAGGACCUGAAGGAAAAGAAGGAGAAAGUGGAGGAGAAGGCUGGCCGGAAAGAACGGAAGAAAGAAGUAGUGGAGGAGGAGGAGAACGGAGCUGAGGAGGAGGAAGAAGAAACUGCUGAGGAUGGCGAGGAUGAUGAUGAGGGGGAUGAAGAAGAUGAGGAAGAGGAGGAGGAGGAGGAUGAAGGCCCUGUGCGGAAGAGAACUGCUGAAGAGGAGGAUGAAGCAGAUCCCAAGAGGCAGAAGACAGAAAAUGGGGCGUCGGCAUGAGCCCCUGCCAGUGGGCUUGGGGAUGGGAGGCCCCUCAGGUCCUGGAGGUGGGGCAGGAACACACAAGUACAGCCCCCCUUCUCCUGGCUCCCUGCUCUGGCCCUGCCCCAGAGCUGUGACCCUUGUCCUUCCGCCCAGUCUCUCGUCUCCAUCUCUCCAGACACUGCUCCUCCGCCCUCACUGCCGUCGUUGCAGCUCCUGAUCCACUCACCUGAGCUCCCCCGCCAGCCCUCACUUUGCCCCCCUGCUUUCCUUGUUCUUCCCUGCCUCCCUCACCAUCCCAUGUGUCCCGGUCCUUGGAAAGCCUCUCCUUACCCUCGGCACCCCAGCCUCUCAGCCUGCCCUUCUUUCUCCUGCCUGAUCCCUGGGUCUCCCUCAGAUUCCCUCCUCUCAGACAGCGCCAGGCCGGGGUGGGGCCGGGGUUGGGGCCAAGCCCCGAAGCUGCCCCCCUCCCCUUUUUGUAUAAUUUAAUAAAGAAACGGUCGCGCUUCUGUUUUUAA